AUGGCAGAAAAUCGAACACUGAGAGAGCUAACAGCUCCUAACUUGAACCAACAGCCGUUGUGCAUCGCAUAUCAGCAGUUGGAGGAAGGUGCUAAUGUUGAGAUCAAAUCUGGUCUAAUUCAUCUAUUGCCGGCAUUCCAUGGCAUGAAGGCGAAGGAUUGGUUUUACUAUCUUCCCCCAGGGAGCAUAACAAAUUGGGCAGCAACUGGUGGAGGGCUAGUGAAUAAGACUCCAGGAGAUGCAACUAGGCUGAUUGCAGAGCUAGCAGAGAAUUCUAGGCAGUUCAGUCAGAGAACUCCCACGCGCCGGGUGAAUGCAGCAAAUUCAAAUACAACUGAGUUAGAGAGUCAAGUAGCUGAUUUGACUUCUAUGAUGCGUGAGUUCAUGGUGAACUCAAGGAAUCCACAGCAACUGAAUGCUUGUGGUUUAUGCACCUCCACAGGACAUCCCACUGAUGCAUGUCCUCAAUUACAAGAGGAACAGAAUGAGCAGGCCAAUGCAAUGGGUUUCCAAGGGCAAGGUCCUCAGAGAAGAUAUGAUCCAUAUUCGAAUACAUACAAUCCAGGAUGGAGGGAUCAUCCAAAUUUGAGAUAUGGGAAUUCCCAGGGGAACCAACAACAACAGCAAAAUGCUCAAGGCCAGCAGCAAUAUCAGCAAUAUAGGGCACCAUUAGCCAAACCUCAGGGCCAAAGCUCAAAUUCGAGUAAUAUGUCAACUGAUGAAAUGAUUAGAUCACUAACUUCUAAUGUUUCUACUAUGCAGCAAAACAUGGUGCAAUUCCAGCAAGAGACCAAAUCCAGUAUUCAGAAUUUGGAAAGUCAAGUGAGUCAAAUUUCAAGUGCAGUGAGCAGACUUGAAGCUAAGGAUUCGGGAAAACUUCCAUCUCAAACGGAGUUGAAUCCUAAGCAACAAGCCAACGCUAUUACAUUGAGAAAUGGCAAGGAGCUGAAAGAGACUGAAAUUGCAACUAAGAGGGCUGAAGAGUUGAUUGGAGCUGAGGAGAAGGAAGUGGAACAUGAAGCUGUAGCAAAUCCUCCCACUUUUCCAUCUUAUGAACCCACACCACCUUUUCCUGAAGCUUUGAAAGAAACGAAGAGGUAUGAGAAGGACAAAGAUAUCUAUGAAACAUUCAGCAAGUGUGAGGUAAACAUUCCCCUUUUGAAUUUAAUAAAGAGUGUUCCUCGAUUCGCUAAAUUUUUGAAAGAACUUUGUACUAUUAAGAGGAAGCACAGGUUAGGAGGGAAGGAAAAAGUGAAAGUCAGUGCUCAUGUUUCUGCAGUUUUCCAAAAGAAACUUCCUGAAAAAUGCAGUGACCCUGGUAUGUUUACUGUUCCAGUUACAAUAGGGGACACCACUUUUCAUAGAGCAAUGUUGGAUUUGGGUGCAUCAAUUAAUGUUAUUCCAUAUUCACUGUUCAAAUCUUUGGAACUUGGACCCUUACAUGACACCGGGGUAGUGAUUCAAUUAGCUGAUAGAUCAAAUGUUUAUCCUAAGGGAGUAGUGGAAGAUGUGCUUGUGAAAGUUGAUGAACUAAUUUUUCCUGCUGAUUUUUAUGUGCUUGAUAUGGAACAUGAUAGACAAGCAGUACCCAUCUUGUUAGGAAGACCUUUCUUGAAAACUGCUAGGACUAAAAUUGAUGUUUUUACUGGUUCUUUGACUAUGGAGUUUGAUGGACAAGAAAUUGUGUAUAACAUCUAUGAUUCCAUGAAAUACCCUGUUGACACUCAUUCUUUGUGUUCCAUUGAUAUCAUUGAUCCUAUAGUGCAGGAUGUCUUCAAUGUUGAGGGCGAGGAUGCGCUCCUCACUUCCAUUUCUAAUGAUUUAUCUGCUGAUUGUUUGGAUAUUCCUUUGCCUAAUAGUGUGCAGAUGAUGGUAGCAGAGUUGAAUGGUCAUUCCAAGCUUCCACUUAGACCACCAGGUUCGACACCUACCCCAUUGACAGUGCCUACUGAUAAACUCUUACCUUCUGUUUUGCAGGCACCCCAGGUGGAGCUAAAACCACUGCCUGAUCAUUUGAAAUAUGUGUUCCUUGGUCAGAACGAUACUUUACCUGUUAUAAUUUCAAGCAAAUUGACCAAGGAGCAAGAGGACAAGUUGGUGACAGUGCUGAAAGAGCACAAGUUAGCUAUUGGAUGGACCAUUGCAGACAUUAAGGGAAUAAGUCCAUCCACUUGCAUGCAUCGUAUUCUGUUAGAAGAUGAUGCCAAACCUGUGAGGCAACCUCAGCGUCGCCUAAAUCCCCCCAUGAUGGACGUGGUAAAGAAGGAGAUCAUAAAAUUAUUGCAAGUAGGAAUGAUAUUUCCUAUAUCUGAUAGUAAAUGGGUCAGUCCUACGCAGGUGGUUCCUAAGAAAAGUGGUGUGACUGUGGUAGAAAAUCAACAGGGUGAAAUGGUUCCUACUAGAGUUCAAAAUGGUUGGCGAGUUUGCAUUGAUUAUCGUAGGUUGAAUGCAGUAACUAGGAAAGACCAUUUCCCUUUACCUUUUAUUGACCAAAUGAUUGAAAGACUUGCAGGGAAAUCUUAUUACUGUUUCCUUGAUGGGUAUUCUGGGUACUUUCAAGUGCCCAUUGCACCUGAAGAUCAGGAAAAGACAACUUUUACAUGUCCUUUUGGCACAUUUGCUUAUCGCCGUAUGCCUUUUGGCCUAUGUAAUGCACCUGCAACCUUUCAGAGAUGCAUGAUGAGCAUCUUUUCUGAGUUUGUUGAGCAUUUCAUGGAGGUAUUUAUGGAUGAUUUCACUGUGUAUGGUGAUUCUUUUGAUAAAUGCUUGCAUCACUUAUCUAUGGUCCUCAAAAGAUGUAUUGACUCUAACCUUGUCUUGAAUUCUGAGAAAUGUCAUUUUAUGGUCCAACAGGGCAUUGUGUUAGGUCAUGUAGUUUCUUCUAGAGGUAUUGAGGUUGAUAAGGCUAAGAUUGACACUAUUCAGUCUCUCCCUUAUCCUACUAAUGUGCGUGAAGUGCGUUCUUUUCUUGGCCAUGCAGGUUUCUAUCGUAGGUUCAUUGAGGGAUUCUCAAAGCUUGCAAAUGCUAUGUGCAAAUUGCUGCAGAAAGAUGUGAAAUUCCACUUUGAUGAUGAUUGCAAGAAGGCUUUCGACGAAUUGAAGGCUAAGCUCAUUUCUGCCCCUAUCAUUCAAGCCCCAGAUUGGUCUCGACCAUUUGAGAUAAUGUGUGAUGCGAGUGAUUAUGCAGUUGGAGCUGUUUUAGGCCAGAAAGUAGGGAGGGCAUCUCAUGUGAUCUAUUAUGCCUCAAUGACCCUCAAUUCAGCCCAACGAAACUACACUACCACAGAAAAAGAGUUGUUAGCUGUAGUAUUUGCUCUAGAAAAGUUUCGAUCUUAUUUGCUUGGUACUAAAGUAAUUGUUUUCACUGAUCAUGCAGCUCUUCGCCACUUGAUGACGAAGAAAGAGGCCAAACCAAGACUAAUAAGAUGGAUUCUGCUCUUAUGUGAGUUUGAGUUAGAAAUCAAGGACAAGAUAGGCGCGGAAAAUCUAGUUGCUGAUCAUUUGAGUCGUUUGACCCAUAUUGUUGAUCAACCAUCAUUCCAAUAUCAAAUCCUAGGAGAAUUUCCGGAUGAAUCUCUAUUUGCUCUUAAGGUUUUGCGCCCUUGGUUUGCUAACAUUGUGAAUUUUCUGGUUUCUCAACAGUUUCCUCCAGGUUUCACAAAGUCUCAAAAGGACAAGCUUCGAACUGAUGCGAAGUACUAUGCAUGGGAUGAUCCAUACUUAUGGAAGUUCUGCUCCGAUCAAAUCAUUCGCAGAUGCAUUCCCGAAAAUGAGGUGAUCCCCAUUCUCACCUUCUGUCAUUCUCAUGCUUGUGGAGGACACUUUGGAGCCAAACGCACAGCAAGGAAGGUUCUCGACUGUGGUUUUUACUGGCCAAGUUUGUUUCGAGAUUCCUAUGGAUUUUGUAAAUCCUGUGAUAAUUGCCAGAGAGUAGGUAACAUUUCCCAGAAAAGUGAAAUGCCCCAAUCCUCUCUUCUAUAUUGUGAAAUAUUCGAUGUUUGGGGUAUAGAUUUCAUGGGACCAUUCCCUAUUUCUUACGGUUUUACUUAUAUACUUCUUGCUUGUGAUUAUGUGUCGAAGUGGGUGGAAGCAAUACCCACUAGGACUGAUGACUCUAAAGUGGUUUCAGGUUUUAUCAAAGCUUACAUAUUUUCUAGGUUUGGAAUCCCAAGGGCGUUGAUAAGUGACCGUGGAACACACUUUUGCAACCGUACAGUGAGUGCUUUGUUGAGGAAGUACUCUGUUCACCACAAAAUCUCCACGGCUUAUCACCCACAAACCAAUGGGCAAGCCGAGGUGUCCAAUAGAGAGGUGAAGUCAAUUCUGCAGAAAACGGUGAAUCCGGAUAGGAAGGAUUGGAGUUUGAGGUUGGAGGAUGCUCUAUGGGCGUACCGCACCGCAUACAAAACACCUAUCGGGAUGUCCCCUUACCGCCUUGUCUUCGGAAAACCGUGCCAUCUACCGGUUGAGCUUGAGCAUAAAGCAUAUUGGGCGGUUAAGUCAUUCAACAUGCAAAUGGAUGAAGCAGGUGAACAUCGGAAAUUGCAACUCCAAGAACUAGAGGAGAUCCGGCUUGAGUCCUAUGAGAAUGCAGAUAUUUAUAAAGCAAAGACCAAGCUAUGGCAUGAUCGAAUGAUCACGCGGAAGGAGUUUAAAGUCGGUGACAAAGUACUCCUAUAUCAAUCCCGACUUAGAUUAUUUCCGGGAAAACUUCGGUCCCGUUGGGAGGGCCCUUUUCAAGUGGUGAAUGUAUAUCCGCAUGGAGCAGUUGAAAUUCAAAGCCCCGAGACCGAUAAGGUUUUCAAAGUCAAUGGACAAAGGCUCAAACCCUACUUCGAGGGUUGUGGAGGCCUUGGGAGCAAUUUUUAUGCGCGAAACGCAGCAAAAACAGAGCAAAACAUAAACAAAGGGGCCUUCCCUGCAGAAGCCGCUGGCAGCUGCUCUGCAGCCGCUACCAGCGGGUCUUCUUGCAGCCCAACCCCUUUGUUUCUGUCCCAGCCGCUGGUGAAGGUGAAGGUGCAAGUGAACAUAUUCCUUUUUAUAGCCAUGGGUAGAGACAACAAGAGGUCUAAAGAAUCAUCUCCAUCAAGACCCUCAAGGGGCAAGAGGCAAGGGGCUUCUUCAAGUCAAGGGGAGGCACCUCCAUUGCCUCAAGGGGAUGGUUUCAUGGGUGUUCGGUUGCAUUCCAAGGAGAAGGGCGUAUGGACUAAGCUUCAACAACCCCGACGAACGGUGCAAUGCACCAAGUUCUUUGACUUAGAAGCUCUACAAGAGCUAGAGAUGGAGGAAGGAGUGCGGCUCUUGCUAAGGAACGUGGGUCUCGAGAAUUUCAUGACCAAAUGCGCUCCCACCUAUGUCAGGUAUACAUAUGAAUUCCUUUCAACGCUUACUAAAGGACGUGAACAAAUAUCCUUUAAUUUGAACAAUAGGAAUUAUGUGAUGUCUUAUGAUGAUUUGCGUAUGGCAUUUGGUUGGGAUGCACCCCAUUGCUUCAAAAUCACCCACCCAUGCCUUAGACUGGUGCAUAGGUUUAUAUCGUCCACUAUUCUAUGCCAAGGGGAGGCCACUAAGGUCCCCAAAGUCACAUUGUCGUAUUUGUGGGCGAUGACCCCUGAAGGUGUCGGUACGCCCAAUUGGGUGGAGAUUUUUGUUGAUAGUUGUGUAAAGGUGAAGUCCAACUCCAGUGGCCAUAUUAGUAUGGGUGGCAUGGUCUCUUUGCUAGCCUGUUAUUUGAAUGUUCCACCCCCUGAGGAUCUUGUGCCAGUAGACUCGACAUACUUGACAUAUAACAUCAUGACUCUGGUCAAGACCGGUUUAUUAUCGCGUUCCCCCGUCGCCGGUAGUUAUUUCUGGCGAUAUGGACCGCAGGGUUUGAACUAUUUGAGACUUCCUCGUCCCGAGGGACGAGCAUUACCUUUUGGCCCUACUGCUGCAGACUUUUUCCUUCCGCCCGACCCGGAUGUUGCUCCUUAUUUGGGAGAUGCUGAAAUCAUAGUUGAGAACAUGGGAGAGGAGAAUCCCGAUGUUCAUAUGGGCGGAGAGUUUGUUGAUGAGGAAGGGGGUGAGGAUGCUGCUGGAGUGCAGCACGAUGAUUGGCCUCGAUGGAGGGCUGAUGUGGAUGAUAGACUAGAGGAGGUGUGCGAUGGGAUGCAGGAGCUGCUUGCAUAUCAAAGAAGCAUGAGUCGGUUUUACACCACUCAGUAUCCGCAGUAUGAGCCUCCAACUGAGGCGUUCAUGGAUCAUUUGGCAUCCCGUGCUUUGCGUCGUUCCGAGAGGCGUGCUUCUCGGGGCGAUGCCGGCUCUUCUGGCUCUGGAGGUCCCUCUCAUUGA